UCUCUCUUUUGUUCAUCUCUCUUUUCUCUCUCUCUCUCUCUCUCUCUCUCUCUCUCUCUCUCUCUCUCUCUCUCUCCUUCGUUUCGAUUUAUCCGUCUCUCUCUUUCUAUUGUACGUUUCUACAUCCUCUCCUUCACUUUUUCCAUCUUUUCUUCUCUGGGUUCUUCUCGUCUCAUUCCGAUCGAGCCAUCGGUCUUUAAGAACCGACGAGAUUUCUGCUCACCUUACCGGCUAAGAGAAAGGCUGAGACGAACUUACGAAUCAGGGUUCGUUUGACACAUCUCCACGAAGAAAGGGAGUGAGAAAAGGAAAAAGAACGGUGAGGAAGGCGGAAGAGAGAGAGGAAGAGAGAGAGAAAAAGAGAGGGGAAGAGAGAGAGAGAGAGAGAGAGAGAGAUAAUAGUAAAAUCGACUCUUGGAGAUUCGAAGCUCCAGGUUUGGAGCUUGCGCCGAUUCGUCGGGAGCUUGGACUCGCGCGUGCGACAGCGCAACGGAUCUUUCCAAUUUUCUCACAUUGCAACCGCGACCGCCGCGACCAACUCAUCCCGAAUCACGACGAGUUUGUAAUGAAUCGCUCUUACACUCUUACACGAACGAAUAAGUGUCGAGUGAAUAAAUGUGCCGCGGUUUUUUUCGCGUUCAAAGAGGAAUCGUGACCGUAAAGAAAAGAUUAGACGUUAGAAUGUAUGAUAAACGACCGCCGUGCUGCGCCAGCUCGAACGCGAACACAAGAAACGAGUUCCUUCGAUCACGUCGAUUCUCGUUUAUGCUUGACAAGAUUUAUCUUAAAUGAAAAAUCUUACGAGGGUGUAACAAAGAAAGAGAGAGAGAAAGAGAGGGAGGGGGAGAGGACAGAGAGAGAGAGAAAGAGAGAGAAAGAGAGAGAGAGAGAGAGAGAGAGAGAGAGAGAGAGAGAGAGAGAGAGAGAGAGAGCGUGUGUGUGCGUGUGUGUAUAUGUGCGUGUGCGUGCGCGCGCGUGUUCCUCGUUGAGAAAUAUCGAAGCGAGAAAAAGGGCGCGAGAUUUGGAACAACCUCCAAGAUCCAGACGCAUUCAGAAAUGAUCCUCGAGGGUUGCGCUGUCCAGGUCUGGACGACUUACUUGCGUAAAAGGAAGUGUGUGCUGUCGAUAUGUGACUCGGUGAGCAACGCGCCGCGAUAAUAAAGUGAUUUAAUAGUCGUGAUAACGUCUACGGUGCACGUGCACGAAUGUCGACAAGUACGAGAGAGUCCUGUCCUAAGAGAACGUGCUCCAUAGCGGUUGCUUAUCGCUUGACAGAACCAAUUUUUUCGGAAAUUAUAAAAGAUCGCGAGUGGAGGCCUGAAACUUACAUUUUGAAGAGUGUAUGAUGUCACAAUAGUAUCGCCAAAACUCUGCGAGACAGAGUGCCUUUGAAACAUCUUUCGAAUAUUCGUAAACUUCAUCAACUUGACCGAUUACACCAGUAAAUGAGUUUGAGGAUAAAACGUGGAAAAGCGAUUUUUCUUUUGUUCAAAUCAAAGAUGAACGACUAUCAGGUGCACCAAUUAAUCGGAACUUCCGUCACCUAAAGUCAUCAACCUAGAACUCUUGGACCAAAAGAACAGCCAACUGUGUGGUAGCUCAAUUGCGGUGAAAACUCAACACGUUGUUGAGUGAGCAUGAGCACGACAUUUGAUCCGGUAGAGAUUUCCUCGUUCGAUGUGACAUCGUUAUUGAACGUCACUUCGACCGAGGAGAAUCCUUAUGCCAAUUAUACUGAGGUGAGCACCGUGGAGGCCAACUGGUCAGACAUGCCCUCGGCAGUCAUCAAGAUCUGCAUCCUGGGUUCGAUUAUCACCACAGCGGUGUUUGGUAAUCUGCUGGUAAUAGUGUCCGUGAUACGACACAGAAAACUACGAAUCAUCACCAACUAUUUUGUAGUUUCACUAGCAUUAGCGGAUAUGCUGGUGGCGAUGUUCGCGAUGACAUUCAACGCUAGCGUGCAAGUGACUGGCAGAUGGCUUUUUGGCUAUUUCAUGUGCGACGUUUGGAAUUCUUUAGAUGUCUACUUUAGCACUAGCUCGAUACUUCAUCUGAUGUGCAUCUCAGUGGAUCGAUAUUAUGCGAUCGUGAAGCCACUCAAGUAUCCCAUCAACAUGACGAAGAAAGUGGUGGCGUUUAUGCUAUUGGCUUGCUGGGUGUCGCCAGCCAUCAUUUCCUUUGUACCAAUCUUCUACGGCUGGUACACUACGAAGGAGAACAGUGUACACAGGCACAAACAUCCAGAACUUUGCGAAUUUAAAGUUAAUACAGUAUAUGCCAUACUUUCAUCAAGCAUAUCUUUCUGGAUACCGUGCACCAUCAUGGCGGUCACCUAUUUUGCUAUAUUCAAAGAGGCUAACAAGCAAGAGAAGCAGAUGCACAGCAGAAUGGGUAAUGCCAUGUUGCUCAGUCACAGACCGAGUAAGGAUCUUAAUAAUUUAAAUGGCGAGCUCAACAGCGCCGGCUCAUCAAAAACUCUCACUUUGAAUGAAAUUAACACCGAUCAUUUACACACACCCACAAAAGAUAAACAUAUGAUGAAAAUGAAAAGAGAACACAAAGCGGCAAGAACAUUGAGUAUCAUUAUGGGUACCUUCAUCCUUUGUUGGUUGCCAUUUUUCCUUUGGUACGUCAUUACAGCACUUUGCGGUGAGACUUGUCCGUGUCCCAACGUCGUGAUUGCGAUUCUAUUUUGGAUUGGGUACACGAAUUCAGCAUUAAAUCCAUUGAUCUAUGCGUAUUUUAAUCGUGACUUUCGAGAAGCGUUUAAAAAUACUUUGCAGUGCGCUUUUUGUUCGCUCUGCAGACGAGAGCCAUCAGAUCUCGAAGCGCUGGAUUUUCGUCGACCAUCCCUCAGGUACGAUCUGGUCUGACAAAUUAAGAUACGACGAUCGUACCAAGAGUAUAUACUCAGAAACAUACAUAAAACACAUUGAUCGACGAAGAUCAAGUGAGCUUGGCAGCAGUCUUUGAGAUAAAACAAUGUUUCCAAGGUUUUAAGCAAGUGUAAAAGAUACACAUCUAUGUAGACAACACUCACAUAUGUAUCACAUAACGCGCGAAUUUAAACGCCAAUUUAAACGUGAUUAUACAUAUAUAUAACACACACGCACACACACACACGCGCACGCGCACACACACACACACACACACAGAGGCACGCGCGCAAUCCUGCAGAGACAUUGUCCAUGAUUUUGCCAAAUAAACAAGACCGAAGAUCAAGAAAAACUUAUCAUUUUUUUAAUGAUGCGCAAAUACCGAAAACAUCUCGCACGAAACUCGAGACAUACAUAUAUACAAUGAUUAUAUUGCCAAAGUUAAAAUUUUAGAUAAGCUUUCGUAGCCAAUAAAAAGUGUGUCGUGCAUUGUGACGAUCAAUAAAAUCGUGUCUGUGGAAGAACGAAGGGGAUUCCGAUUGAAUGACGAACUUUGCUGAACACUUGACGAAAGAAGAAACGUACCGCUUCUGCAAAUCUUGGUAGAAUAACUACCACGAACAUAACUUAAAAAAAAUAGCGAGUUAUGAUAGAGAGCCCCAAUCGGUCCCAUAAAUCUCUUAACGUAUUUUUUUUUUUCCAAAAUCGAAGAUGUAGUUCUUUCCAUCUUUGAUGGCCUCUUUGUGAUCUGAAACUUUGUAGUUUUACUGACAAAAAAAGAA